AGCCCCCAGAGAGCGGCGCGGCUCGGCUCGGCUCGGCUCGGCGGCUGCAACACAGCGGCGCUGCCGACCCACCCACCCACUGCCGGCGCUGCCUGGAGCAACGACUGCGGAACUGUGCGGGAUGCCGCUGCUCGUUUACAACCGCCCCGUAAGCCUACCUUCGUCCACCGGAGAGUUCAUUGAGCGUUAUUCCAGGUUAAAGGAAGGUGCAGAACAUUUGAAAUCGAAGCCCGCCAUCAAGGUAGAUCCUCCAGGUCUUUUAUAUAUUCAGCAAAGGGAAUUUGCAGCAACUGUUCCUCAGGAUGGCUCUGUAUCUACACUUGGAACAGAGGAUGCAACGACUUGCCAAGUGGUAGUUCUACGUCACACAGGUAGUGGAGCAACAGCAUUGGGGCACCUUGAUGGGUCAGAUACAGCAAUGACUGUGUCCAAAAUGUUAAAUGCUGUCCGCUCGUUAUCAGAUGGAUCCAGUAAUGGAAGAUACGAAGUUCACCUGGUAGGAGGAUACAUUGACGAGCAGUUGCUGUCACACAGGCUCACUCUGGAGCUGCUCGAAGCUUUCAACAGUCAGUCAGAGAACAUUCAUUUGGAAACCUACUGCGUAACAGAACUGAAUGACACAAAGAAGCAAAAUGUUCACUGGCCUGUGAUAUAUGGAAUAGCUGUAAAUGUGAAAACUGGAGAGAUUUUUCAAGCAACGUUCCCAGACCGAGGUCCAGAUGAGGAUGUUCGUGCUGCUCGGACUUUUCUGGGAGGUUCUAUGAUAUCAAUUUAUGAUGCAAAAGCAGAACAGAUGCAGAUUGAACCGUAUGAGUGGAUUCCAUUUCCAACUGCUGAAUUCUGGUUACAGCAGCCUGACCAUAGAAUAUUACAGUAUUUUUCAACAUCUCCUGUAGUUGAGCCCCCACACUUUGUAAAGCACUUGAAGAACAUUUUCCAAUUUCUGACUACCUCUCCAGAAGAGGCACUAUUUCCUAAGGGUGAGUCUAGGAUCUACAAAAAAACUGCAGCUGGUUUUUGGGAAAGGAUCCAUUAUGCUACUUAAACAUUUCUGCUACUCGUCUAUAAUGGUUUUAUUCCUUCUAAUUAAGUUGAACCCAAAGGAUUGGCAGUUCAUACAACAAAAUUAAUAUUUCCAUUCAAAUGACUUGCUACUAAGUAUUCCUGUGAGGCUUUAGUUUUUCAAUGUUGUUAUGCCAGAGGUUGGAGAUGGGUCCAUAUGGAAAUUCGUUAAUUUAUUGAAACUAGCAUCUAUAAUGAAAAAUAAAAAUACUUUGUUGAGAAC